CGUAUGACCGUCCCUUCCUCUACUCGACUCUUCGUUUUCCGCGUGAAAUUUUGAGCCUGUUGCGGAAAUCGGCGUCGACGAUCGUACGUUGAUUCUUCGGGUUCGAAGCUCUCCCACGGUAGAAGUUCGUUUCUUGCUGCCCUCUGGAAUUGGAUUGGGAUCAUGAACCGGUAGUUUCGUCGCCUGCCAUUCGUUCUUGGAUGGAAGUGGCUGAUCCGCUUCGAUCAUCGAGGUCGAUUUUGAUCUGCGCUGGACGACAGGAUGGUCGAUUUCGAUCUAGGGUUUCAGCUCAUCGGAAAUGGUGGGCGGCGCUGCGCGAGGACCAACCUUCGGCAGUUUGGCAGGGGGUGAAAAACAUGUAGUCAGAUAACAUUCUGGAAUGGCGAUGUUUCCUUCUUCACAUGUCAUACUUCUGUUUGGGUUCUUCUGGCAGGCGCUGCUGAAGACCAGAGUUGAGUUGUCCAUAAAAUGAAGCAGCUUGUUAGGCUUCUACUGAAGACACAGCUGAGUUGCUCUGUGCCCCAUCAGAGGAUCCCUCUGGACUUUAUGAAGCACAUUGUACAAGAAAGUGAAAAUACAAGAGAGAGCAAGCAACUAGAAACUUUACUCGUUCUAAGGAUUCUUAUUUUCUUUCUUUCAACCAUCAAUGACACCAUCCUGUUCUCCUCUUCAAUUUGGUGAGUUGAUAGCUACAUGCAUCAAAUUUCAUGUCCUUUGGAAGCUCGAAGGGAGCAUUAAAUUCAAAGCCGGUGUGUGUUCCUCCCCCUCUCCGAAUACUGUCAGAAGCUUGCUUUGUACUUCUCUUUUCCACUCACGUGCAGAAAGUGAAUGCGUAAAAAUCCUAUUGAUGGUUGAUUAAAUGAGGGACUUUUUCUUUGGCAGAAUUACUGCAUUCAAUCGACUCAGCCUUCACUACUUGGAAGCACUCUUAGCAGUUGCUUGGCAUUUGAGCUCCCAAUGGAUCUUCGCCCACUAGCCUUCCUUUGGACUUUAGGGAAGAGAGAGAGAGAGAAAGAGUGUGUGUGUGUGUGGGCUCAAAAAGCCUGCAAUCAUCCUUCACGAGGAGCAGCAGCGCUAUCAUGGGAUCAUUUGGUGGCUUCCUUAUUCUUCUCCACAACGCCAUUAUUCUAUUGCCCUCACCAUAUCUCAACUCAGAAACCAAAUGUAAAAGCAUGUCACACAUCCUAUGUGACUGUCAAAAGAGUUCCACCUCUGUCUCACUGUAAUAAAAGCCUCCCCUUAUCUUCCACCCAAUUCUCCCAAUUACUUCUUGGAUUCAUCGGCUUAUAUAUACUCUUCUUCUUUGCCAUCACUCUUGGAUCCACCGCAGUGUCCUCCAUCUCUCUUCCUUGGCACUCCAUGGAUAACAUCAGCAACUACUCCGGUAGCAGCUCUUGGGAUCUCGAGAUGAUGCGCAUGGCGACUCAGUUCCAACCCCACAUCAAUUCUCCAUGCUUCGCUUACGCGCGCACGGAGGCGGAAGGGAAGCAGGAAGAGGAAGAAGAAGAAGCUCUGGGCGCCGUGAAGGAGAUGAUGUACCGGAUUGCCGCCAUGCAGCCGGUGGACGUCGACCCCGCCACCAUCAGGAAGCCCAGGCGCCGCAACGUGCGCAUCAGCGACGACCCGCAGAGCGUGGCCGCCCGGCACCGGCGCGAGCGGAUCAGCGAGCGCUUCCGCAUCCUGCAGCGCCUCGUCCCCGGCGGCACCAAGAUGGACACCGCCACCAUGCUCGACGAGGCCAUUCGCUACGUCAAGUUCCUCAAGCGGCAGGUGCAGCAGCUGCAGCCCACAACGGCCGAGGCUCGCGCUUCCUCCUCGUCGCCCUCCUCCUCCGCCAUGGGACCUCCUCCGGGAUUAGGAUUUGGCGCCCAUGUCCAGGGCGGCCACCGCCCCAUGCACUACUAAGCUGCAAGCGGCCAGUAAGCAGCAAUGGGUGGAGAUGAUCUCUAUAUAGCCAAGUCAUAAGGUGCAACGAGGAUAGUGUACAAGCUACGCAUUAAAGAUGUAAUGCUUGGGGUGCAAUAGGAAGGUGCACACAGGGCUCCCAUUGUGUUCUUGCCUCAUUCUUGUGUUCAGUCACCUAAAUAUGAUUGCUCAUGUCCAGGAAGAAAGAUCAGAAGAAAAGAACAAGACUUACAUCUAAUUAACAGCUCAAGUGAUGAGUCUCUCCACCACAAACAUU